GCUUAAAUUUUUUUAUUGCCUAAAUAAGAUUUAAUAAUGUCCCGAACAAGGAAUACUUUUCCAGUGACGGUGAACAUUUAGUUGAAUAAUGACUAAUGCAUAAUGAAUAAAAGUGUUAAAUUGAGAAAUAAAAAUAUAUGAUGAUAUUUGAGAAAAAAGUCAUUAUGUUCUAGUGUAAAUUUUCUGAUUUUAACAUAUAUGGGGCCCGGGAGAUACUAUAGAGUCAAAGAUGAGUAAUUAUAUUUUGAUAAAUUACCUGAAGGGGGGUAAAAUGAGGAAGGGCAUAAAAGAAAUCUUGAGGAAUGCGGUAUUUCUGGCUCAACUCCGAACACACACUCGAAGACCCAAGGCAACGACUUGUGAUCUCAUACCACCUCUCGGCAUUUACGACCCUCCGACGAAGCCAGCCGGAGUAGUCAUCCAACCUGCGGUCCCCGCCGCCGCGCACGGCGGCGAGGCCCGCAGGUUGGACGACUGCGACCAUAAAAGCCGCCGACCCCAAAAGCAAGAGGACGACAAAAAGCACUGGGGCCAAGUAGGAGAUGAGCUGGCACCGGACAUCACUGGAGAGCCCGCCUGCGAUUCCCGCGACGAGAGUGCAUCCGAAUGCCGCGCAGAGAAUCGAGGCAGCGGGCGCAGUGAUGGCCGGGAACAUCUUCAAGUUGCAGGGGUAUUCUUGUCUUUUGGAAACCCAUUGAAAUAUGAACCAAAAGAUGAGCAUUAGAACCAGCACUGUUGCAAUGUUGGUACACACAAUGCGGUUGUUAGUCUUCUUCGCCAUUUGAUUGGGAAAAUAUGAAGAAAAAAAAUGGGUUUUUUUAGUGGAAAACGAUGGAAAUGGAAAUGGGAAAGCGGUAAAAAAAAUUGGGGUAAAGU